AUGACCUACAGGAACAAAGAGAUGGAGAGCUCUGAGCCUAGCAUGGUCGUUUCCAUCAGAAAACUGAUUCGCUGGUUACGUGCAAUGCGACAUAACGAUCCCGUCGCCGCUCGAGCACACCAUGUCAUCAAGGGAGUUCUUAAGAGAUUUUCUCCGGCUCUGCAAUCCCAGGCUGAUGAACUGCUCGACUUGUAUGAAGAAGAAACUCUAGGACCUAAUGCUUACCAGCAUUAUUAUAUCCCAUACAACGCCCAGCAAACUGCGGAGGUGCCACAGGAGAACUUUCGCCUGAAUUCAAUGGAUACCAGUAGCACUUUCGACCCUCGGCCUUCUCAGUACUACCCACUGGACAAUCUGCCUGGACAUCAAGACAGCUUCGAUCCGUUUUACUUGCCGGACGAAUUCAUAGUACCGAUGCCCUUUGACAAUCCAUUUUUCACCAACUUUAACCUUGGUGUACCAUUUGUGAACAUGCAAAGCCUGUGGGACCAACCAGGAUGUUUAAAUGCUUUUGACCUGGACCUGUCACAUGUGAACACAUCACAAGACAGUCAUGAUGGUGGGCAGGGUUCAAAUGUGGAAUACCCGCCAGAACAACAACAGCAACAACAACAAUUCGACUGUUACCCACCACGAGGAUAG